GAAUUGGCGAAAAAGAAAAAACCCCAGCUUUUACCGAGAAAACAAAUGUGUGAAGUAUCAAUGAUCAAACACAGAUCAACUGAUCCUUUCACCAUUCCUCAAUUUGCAAAUUCUAAAUCAAAGCGCAACUGAGAGAUUAUUGAAUUUUGAGUAAAAUCAUAUUAUUUCAGCAAUUUUUGAACAUGUCUUUCUCAUUCUUCAAGCCGUCGAGGCCCAAAACCCCACCAGAGGUUGCCAAAGCGAUCAAAGACAGCCUUAAUGCACUCGAUGCAAAAACAGUUGCUGAAGUUAAAGCCCUUGAAAAGGCUAUGGAAGAAGUUGAAAAGAAUUUUGCAGUGAUGAGAUGCAUGCUUUCUGGAGAUGGUGAGGUUGAACCAAAUGUUGAACAGGUCUCACAGUUGGCAUUUGAAAUCUCAAAAGAGGAUAUUAUUUCUCUUGUUAUUCACAAGUUACCGACACUGGGAUGGGAAGCAAGAAAAGAUUUAGUCCACUGUUGGUCCAUAUUUUUGAAGCAACAAGUUGAUUCCACAUAUUGCUGUGUGGAAUACAUUGAGAAAAAUUGGGAGUUACUUGACUUUCUUGUAGUUUGCUAUGAUAACAAGGAAAUAGCUUUAAAUUGCGGAAAUAUGUUGAGGGAGUGCAUCAAAUUUCCAACACUUGCAAAAUACAUAAUAAAUUCUCCUAGCUUUGUGUUGUUCUUCAAAUUUGUGGAGUUGCCCAACUUUGAUGUUGCUUCUGAUGCAUUUUCAACAUUUAAGGAUAUCCUUACAAAACAUGCAUCAUUGGUAGCUGAAUAUUUGAAUGGUCAUUACAAUGAGUUUUUUGAUCUAUAUGAAAAACUCUUGACAUCUUCCAAUUAUGUGACAAGAAGGCAAUCUUUAAAGCUUCUAUCGGAUUUUCUUUUGGAGGCUCCGAAUUCGCAGAUAAUGAAGCGCUACAUUUUAGAAGUUCAAAAUUUGAAAACCAUGAUGACAUUACUGAGGGAUUCAAGCAAAAACAUUCAAAUUUCUGCUUUCCACAUUUUCAAGGUUUUUGUGGCUAAUCCUAACAAGCCAAGAGAGAUAAAGAUCAUUCUGGCAAAGAACCAUGAAAAAUUGGUACAACUUCUUCAAAAUCUCUCAGGGAAAGGUGCAGAAGAUGAGGAAUUUGAAGAGGAAAAAGAGCUAAUCAUCAAGGAAAUUCAAAGAGUAUCCAGCUCGCCCAUUCUGAACAAAUAACCACACAUACUAUUCCUUUUUAGGACGUGAUGUUUUCCUACUCAUAACUAGAGGGUAUCAUGGGUUUGUUGUAUGAUUCAAGCUUCUUCAACUCUUUCCGUCUGCAACGGUGUCAAAAUUUACAUAAGUUGGCGAAUGAUUCCAUACUGGCAACGUAAGCAGGGUUUGAUGGUUUCCAAAUUUCAUUUAAAAGA